GCGGCCAAACCAAACGACCAAUCAGAAAGCUAAAAUGAUAACCGGUGCCGAGACCGACCCCAGAAUGCUAAUAUGCGGCCCGCCACUAGUUUGGAGAAUAAUAAGAAUUUAUCGUGGUAAAAAUAUAUGAAUUUUAUACCGAAGUACCAUAGACUUAAAUAUAAUGGGUACGAUAUAUGUAUAAGUGUAUCACAGAAUAGUAAAUGAUUUACAUCGUGAUAAUGGGUUUAGACGUUUUAGGAUUAUUGGGUGAAACGUGAUAAUUGAGUUAUAACCAUGAACUAGGUAGUGUUUGGUAAUAUAUGGUAAGUAUUUUUACUUGUUGGUGCACACAUGUUGAGAACCAAUUGCAAACAACCUUUGGAAAUUAAUACCAAACAUCAGUGAUCAGUGAUACACAUUUGUUUAUCGGUCAUAAAUUUCACUACGAUUAGCAUUAAAAUUCGAAUCAGAAUAUUAUCGACGAGUUGACUGUGUUAUUUAAUUUUUUAUUUUAAGUUUUGUCUUUGUUUUUGGUGAACUCAUUUUGCGAGCGUAUAUCUUUUGUUUCCUGGACUGUUUCGCUUGACUGUACAAUGUCUUCGAAAAAAGUAUUCAAUAUCAAAGAUAAAGUGUUCGCAAAAAUACGAGGUUAUCCUGCUUGGCCUGCCUUAGUAUCUAGUGUUAAAGCUGAUACUCCAUCAAGACUUAGAUACAAUGUAUAUUUUUAUGGAACUGGUGAACGCGCUGAAUGUAAACCAGAGGAACUCUUUCCAUAUGAAGAAAACAAGGCUAAACUAGGAAAACCGAAUAAACGUAAAUUUUUUACUGAAGCUCUCCAACAAAUUGAAGAUGAUGAUGUAUCAGUUCUCCCAGAAAGUGAUACUCAAGUAUUUACAACACCUAGUAAUGUUGCAAAUGAAUCAUCUACAGUUGAACCUAAAAAUGUGGUUGAAACUGAAAAAAUAAGUGAAUCUAAUUCCGAAAGUGAAGGAAAAUUAUCGAACGAAGAGACAAGUUCUUCCAAAGGAAAAAAAUCCAUUGGACCUAAAAAAAGUUUGGGUCUUUCUAUAUCUAAGGGAACAAAAAGAAAAAUAUCUGAUGUCAAACCUGAAGCAUUUACAAAGAAGUUGGUAACUAAGCAAAAACUUGCUGCAGAUACUUUAAAGCUUAGUGAGUCUCGAGCCAUAGUACUGGUAGAAGCUUUAAAAGAUAGUUUUAUAGAAAAAGCAACUAAUUCACAACAGAAAUCUGAAACUUCAAAUAAAAAAAUAAGUGUUGAUGGAGAAAAUUCUAAAACAAUGGAUAAAAAUUCAGAGACUCUUAAUACAACCACAGAAUCUGAACUUGAAUUUAAUGAUGUAACACUAGAAAACAGUAAAACUCUAAAAUCCAUACAAAAGUUAAAGGAUAGCCCUACUUCAAGUAGUGAAAUAUCUUCUAGUAACAGCUCAAAUGUAGGACAUGUAUCACGAUCUGGUCGUAAGAUUAAACCAAAAAAAUAUUCUGAUUAUGAGAAUGACACAGAAAUGCCAAAACGUCCAAGGUUUAGCAAAGAAAAUUCAAAAACUUCAGAAAAACAUAAUAAUGGCAGUAAUGAAAUUGAUAUUUUACCAGAACAAAACUACAAAACAAAAGAAAACCCAGAAACUAAAAAGGCACCCAAAAGUCAUGGAUCAGCAUUAGAACCACAUAUAAAUGAUACUGUAACCAAAGAAUUGAACCAAGUUAGCAAGAAGAUUGAUGAAGAUGAAGAAUUACCAGCUGCAUUAAAAGAUCUCAUGACAGGUGCUUUAUCAAAUAUUGAAACUGGAUGGAAAAAAACUGGCACAAAAAAAAUAUCGAAAGUUGAAAUAUUACACACAGAAGUUGAUCUACUGGAUUAUAUACAUAAAUUACGUUCAGCAUUAAGAACUGAUAGUGCCGAUUGCGAAGCAGCAUUGGAGUUACUUGAAAGAAUUAGUGAAUUACAAAUUAAUGCUCUUAUGUUAAAAAAACAUCAAGAAAUUGUUGAUACCAUUAAAAAAGUAACAAAAUAUAUUGGUAAUGCAAACGAGUGGAAUCUAAGUGAAGAGGAAAUUAUUGAACAUACUGAAAAAGCAACCCAAGUUCGACGUAAGGCUGAAACUGUGUUCAAUAAAUUUGCAUCAUAUUUUAUUGUACCAAAGGGACAAACAUUCCAAGAAGUUUAUGCGAAAGAAGUCGAAGAUUUUUUUUUAAAAACUAAAAAUAUGGAUUGUAGUCAGAUAUAUGGGCUAACUUCAGAUAAACAACUAAAAUAAUUGAUUUUUAUUUUUUAAAACAAUAUAAUAAUUAUGUAUGUACAAUUAAACUGUAUCCUGAAUUGCUGUAUUUCUAGUAUUAAUCUUAUUAUUUAAAUUGUUUUGACUUUAUAUUGGUAAAAUAUAUUUUGUAUCCAUAAAU